GGAGGAGGAGGAGGAGGCGCGCAUGCGCGACGUUUUGUUUCUUCGUUCCUUUCCUUCCUUCCGCGGGAGGCAGGGAAGGCUCAAGCUUGGGCGCGCCCACGGCGCGCGCGCCUGGAAGGGGAGGCCUCGCGUGCGUCGGCGCAUGCGCUCUCACCACCACUACCACCACCUCGACCUGGAAACGGAAUGCCAGAGCCGGGUGCAGGUGAGCGGGGGUUCGAGGGGGGGGGCGCGUCUGUUUGGAACGCGGAGGGGCCGGAUCCUCGUACUCACCUCAGAGGCCUCUGAGGUAACAAACGGGGCGGGCGCGUGUGGUGCUGAAGGUCUCCUGUGGGUCAAAGUUUGAGGGGGGCAUUGAGAACUUUGGGGAGGGGGCGCGAAUAGAUAUACCUGGGGGAAUGUGGGGAAGGUAGGGGCAGGAUAGGGAGGCGGGUUUGUGGGGGGCAAGAAUGAGGUGCAUGGGGGGGGGACUGUCUUUGCUCGUGGGCCCUCCCCUUGCCUCCCCUCCUCGCCUUUUUUAAGAGUGUAAGUUCCUCCGGGGCAGGGGGCUGCCUCUGCUCUUGCCUGUGCAAGCCUGUAAGGUGCACAACCUAACCAGGCUGUGCAGACAAUAAGGGCAGUUGCUUCAUCAAAUUGUUGGCAGUGGGAAUGGAUUAACAGUGUAGUUGACAGGCUAAACUUGUAUCAUGAGAAAAAUUCUCCCAAAGGUGGGUGGGUGGAUGAGGAAGCAUGUGUUUUGGGGGUUUUAUUAUUAUUAUUAUUAUUAUAUAUAUAUAUAUAUAUAUAUAUAUAUAUAUAUAUUAGGGGGUUUUAUUAUUAUUUUUUUUGUGCUGGCUGAAGACACAUCUAUUCGUGCAAAAUUGGGGUGUCCGCUUCUCACUGUCCAGCCAUGCAGUUCCCAAAAGCUGCUCCUAUGAGAGUCAGGUGACCUUCCAAAACAGGAUGGGGUUAUAACAUAGAUGAAGGAUUAUUGUUGUUAUUAUUUAUAGCCUGUCUUUUUCCUAGACCAGGGCUCAAGUUGGUUUACACAAAUUAAAGCAGGGCAGGUGAAAUAUGGAAAGCUAAAAAUACAUAAAAGGUAACGGUUCAAAAGUGAUUAAACUAUAGGAGAAUUAAAACAAUACAAAACCAAGUCUGUUAAAAUGCACGUGAAAGUUGGUCUCUAAAAUGCUACUGGACAAUUUUUUAUUUUUUUAUAUAUUAAAAUGCAGAUUGUCAAAACAGUACAGUGGUGCCUCGCAAGACGAAAUUAAUUCGUUCCGCGAGUUUUGUCGUCUUGCGAUUUUUUUCGUCUUGUGAAGCACAGUGUCGGGAAAGUUUUGGAAAAGCUUCAAAAAUCACCAAAGUCUUUAAAAACCUCAAAAAAGGCUACCACACCGCGUUCUAUGAGUUGCUCCUCGAAGUCAAGUCGCAACUGUAUAAACGGUGUUAAGAAAAAGGAAACAAACUUGCAAGAUGUUUCCAUCUUGCGAAGCAAGCCCAUAGCGAAAAUCGUCUUGCGAAGCAGCUCAAAAAACAAAAAACGCUUUCGUCUAGCGAGUUUUUUGUCUUGCGAGGCAUUCGUCUUGCGAGGUACCACUGUACUACUAAAAGCCCUUUCCUUUAAAAACAGUCUGUUCCCAAGAGCCUGCCAGAAUAAAGCAGUCUUCAACUGCUGGUGGAAGGGUUGCAGUGGAAGUGGGGUGCCUGCCUUGUACGAUGCAUGCAUGUAGAUCUUCUUAGCAUCAUCUUGGAAGUGGCAAUCCCCUGUUCUCUCUCCUAUGAAGGAGGGAAAGCCUCUUCUAAGAUGAAAUUUGCAGUGGUGACUGUUUUCCAGACAAAAAUUGUGGCAAAAUUGUGGUAAUUUUUUCAUCAGAACAUUUUGGAAUGUUUUGAAGAGUGAUAUAAUUUAGCAUGUCUGUUUUAUUUGUAUUAAAUAAACAAAGCUCCAUUCAUUGUUACUAAUGAACUUAAGAAGUGGAAAGCAUUAUUUGGAGAAAUAAAGCUCUGAAAAAUUUUCCACCCCGGAUUGUAUGACGUUUAGCGUGUUGGACUAGGACAUGGGAGCCUAGGGUUUGAAUGUCCACUUGGCCAUGCAGUUCAUUGAGUGACCUUGGGCCUGUUACUGUCUCUCAGCCUAACCUAGCACACAGGGAUUUUGUGAGCAUAAAAUGGGAAGGGGGAGAACCAUGCACACAAUCUCGAGCUCAUUGAAGGAAAAGGUGGUACAUAAAUGUAAUAAAUAAAUUACCAGAAAUUUACCACGUACAGUUCUUAUAAGUAUUUGUGCUAAACAUAACUCUUAAAAUCUGUUCCUUAGUAACUUGGCAGCAUAUUAUAUUAGAAGAUUGCAAUGCUUAAAAUUGGUUAUUUUUGUAUAUUAUUGUGGGGCCUUAUGAAUUAUCACUUGGUUGUUUAAUUUGAUUAUACUGUAUGUUGCUCAUCGUAAUCCUCUGUUUAUUUGUGUGCCACUUUCCUGAUGAAAUUAUUCCCAGAAUAUUCAGACUGGUCAAACUAGCCAUGCUUUGCUUUUUGGCAGCAAACCACAAAGUGAAACCAAGAUUUGUUGGUGCUUUAUGAACUGUGGCUUGUUUUAACCAUCAUUUGGUGUCAUGUGUGAAUCAAACAGCCUUAUUGAAUCUUGGUUUGUUUCGCCACUGCGAUGCUUACCAAGCUGCACGAGGUAAGAACAGCUGGAAAACAAGCUAGUGAAAUGAGCUGUAGGUUAUGUGCUUGACUAUGAGACAACUCUUGAUUUGUUGAGCAAACCAUGGUUUAGAUAGAGCCAGUGACUCUUCCUAAUAAAAGUAGAAAGAUGCAUGACCACAGAAACUGAAACACAGAAACUGAAUGCCUUGUUGUUCUCAUUGAGUUCCCAAGUUAAUGAACGUUAACCUAGACUGACCAAUGUUACCCAAGACUAGCCAAAUGGCAACAAGAACCCCAGCAAUGUGGGCAACCAAAUGUUCUUCUGGGGCUCAAGUGCAAAUUCUCUGUUUGACUAGAAGUGUGUUGCAAUUUUUAUUGCUGGCAUAGCAAAUAAACUUCUGGUUCCCCCUCCCUUUUUUCUUCAAAACAUUGGUGAAGACAGAGACUUCAUUUUUUAUUGUCUGAAUUUCUGUCAAAAGAUAAGUGAGGUGUACUCAUUUUGAUAAAUUGUUUUUGUAACGGGGCACUAAAAAAACCCCACCACUCCGUGGAAAUUUGUUUGGUUUGGCAAUAUUCAAUUAAUAAAAUACACUUUUUAAAAUGUGACUCUUGUUCAUUUGAGAAUAAAUCUUUUUCUCAGGACCAAUAUAUUUCAGAUGGCAGCUAUAUGUCUGCUUCCAUCCUCUGUAACUGAUGUUCCAAGUCCCUAGCUGGAGAAGCUGUGUGUUCUUCAAAUAAAAGGUAAAUAUCACCAGUUGCAAGUAAUGAACUUUCCUUUUUAGUAAUUCCUCAAGACAUGGCACUAUAAUUAUUUUGGAACAUGAAUUACAUUCUUUUGCCAAAUAAUAAUGUAUUUUUAUUAUUUCGGUUAAAUGUUGUUGUUGUGACACUGAAAUUAUUCUGUAUGCAUAGACGUAAUUCUUUAGAAGCUGUUCUAUAAUAAAUAGUUACACCUUUUAUUUACUCAAAUCAUAGAACAGGCUUGCAAAAAACACAUCUCCCUUGGUUACCUGUAACUAAGAAAGACCUCCUGUUGACUAGGCAUUCUCUGGCAGCAGUUCACACUUUGUCUAUUAUGUUUUUACUUUCCUUCCACCACACACAAAUCCUGAGGAAUUCAGCAAGGCUUCUUUUUCUGCUUCCUGGUAAGCACACCUGAGCUUUUUUUGCAAGAGCUUUUGUAGAGAGGGACAGAGAACAAACUAUACUAUACUGUAGUAGAACAGUAUGUUUUAAAGUGUGACGUGAUAAACUGGGCUAUCUUUUCCAAGAAAGACAGGAGUGCCUGGCAUGCUCUGGUCCAUGGGGUCAAGAAGAGUCAAACACAACUAAACGACUAAACAACAAUCUUUUCUAAGAGCAGUAAGAGCUACACACACAAACAUGAUUUUCAAAUAAGUGCCAACUGAGUUGGUCUGUAAUAAUUAAAUAUACUUUGUUUAAUAUUAAAUCUGCUUAUAGCGGAAUUGUGAAAAUAACUUCUUGGUUACAGUAAGUUUCUUUUUGUUCUAGAGUUUCAUUAGGGCAUGAACAAUGGAUUCUUUGGAUCACAUGCUCACCGACCCAUUAGAGUUGGGGCCAUCUGGAGAAGGAAAUGGCACACAGAUUAUGGAGGAUUGCAUGCUGGGAUCCAUUCGAAUUAGCUUGCCAGAAGAUCUCUUGGAAGAUGUAAGUAGAACUGGAGUAACCUUUCCCCCCCCCCCCAUAUAGUGUAAAACAACAGUGUGAUCUGAGAAGGAACCAUUGCUAUCUUUUGGAGGAAUAAUUCAAAAGUGGUGGCAUCUCAGCAAACAUUUGAUAACUAAAUUAGACAGGAACAGCUUCAGAAACAGAUACCUCUGAAAAGCUCGCAAGUAGGGCAUGAGAGAGGCAGCAGGGUUUUGUUACUUGGGCAGCAUCCAGUCCUUGGUUAUAUGGCAAUUGAUGUGAAGACUUUGUGAAGGAAACCCAAAUAAUGUUUCUUUGCUUUCAUUGUCUGUAAGAAACCAUUAAGUAACCCAAUUUGCAUGUCCUGAUAGGCCAAAGUUAAUUGCACAUCUCAUUUCUCAUCAUCCUUGACCAUUGGUUGUGUUGGCUGGGGCUGAUGGUAGUUGGAGUGCAACAACAUUUAGAGGGCCAAGGUUCCUGACCCUGGACAUAACAGUGAUUGAGUGACAUGUUAGUGCAUGCUACUUGAUCGCUGCCUGCUUAGUUCCUCCCUUGCAGCAAGCAGGAGCAACAAGUUAUGAAACAUAGAUUACAUCUGUACCUGCGAUCAUGGUAUUUUCUCCCAAGCAAACAAUGCUCGUGAAGCCUUGUUCAUCAUAGUUGUUCCGGAGAAUCAUAGAUAUUAGGUUCAGAUCUAAUGACAAGCCAAGCUUCAAUGAAGCAUGAGUGAUUGUGCAGCAAGCAUAAGAUGCUGCCUGUUCACAGUAAGUCAUUAUACACAGCUAACCUUGAUGUGCAAACUACGCCAUUGGGUCUGUAAACUCCUCAGAGCCUUUCAACAGUGUUUAAUGGAACAUACUGUAACUUAACAGCUUUUCCUGCUAAAGAACAGGUUUUCUUAGUUUAUAUUAUUAGUCCAUAACAAUUUUCAUUUUGUUCUUUUUUGUAUAAAUACAAAAAUGAGGAGCUUUAUAUGAUACUGUUGCAUUUCUCAAAAGUGGAAUUUUGGAUCACAUUUGAAGGAUUUUAUUUCAUUCAUAUCUCUCUCUCUCUCCCCCCACCCUUCUGUAGCCUGAAAUCUUUUUUGAAGUUGUCAGUCUUUCAACAUGGCAGGAAGUGCUGACGGACUCACAACGAGAACACCUGAAAAAGUUUUUGCCUCACUUCCCAGAAAGCAACACUGAACAUCAGAAUAAUCUUAUCCUGUCCCUGUUCAGUGGAGAGAAUUUUCGGUUUGGAAACCCCCUGCACAUUGCCCAGAAACUCUUCCGCGGUCAGUGGCAGAUUUGUCUGUAUUUUAACCUGGCUUCUUGACUUCGCUAUGUAAGGUGACAAGUUGUAGGUCCUGAAAGUGGAAGUCACCUUUUUUUUCUCAUUAUUUGCUGCUGUAUGUGUUGUAGUGCUGCACAUUUGUAAGUGCUCCCAUAUGCAAUACAUUCACACUCUGUGUCUCAUCCAAUCUCUGUCCUGUCCUGCAGUUUGAGGGGGGCGGGGAGAAGGGAAAGGAAGGGGAAGUCUAUCCCAUUUCCUUCUUUCCUUGUGUGUGUUGAAAUUAUUCAGUCGUAAGUCCAGCAUCAGCAAUUUGCAUUAUCCCAGUUCCCCUUUCUAUGUGGUCAGGGUCCCACUGACAGGGUAAAAGUUAGAUAUUCAAUUUCUUCUUGAUCCUUAGUAAAGUGCCUUCUACUCUACCCCAAUACACAUGAUUAUUGCAUAACCGUUUUUUUAGGUGGGGUAAGUGCCUUCCUUCUCUUGAAAUCUGACAUGUGGCAGCUUUUGGAUAAAAUAUAAAAAAUAGCUUUCAGGCAGCAGGUUUCAAAACAGCAGUAACCAUGGUACAUGUUCUUGUUACAGAUGGACACUUCAAUCCUGAAGUGGUGAAGUAUCGACAGCUUUGCUUCAAGUCUCAGUACAAGCGCUACCUCAGUUCCCAACAGCAGUACUUCUACCGGUUGCUGAAACAGAUCCUUUCCUCCCGGAAUGUAAGCAUUUGAAUAAACUAAAUGUUCCGUAGAAUAUAAGAUUUAGUGCAGUGUUUGUCACUAAAACUGGAGAAAUCUCUCAUUUGGUUGCCCAGGUGUCUUCACACAAGGCUAGUAUUCGAAGAACUAUGAAACUAGCUCUCAGCGCUUAAGGGGUCUGUAUGCUUGAGGUUUCUUAAAGAGCACCAUUGUAACUAUGAACAUAGAAGCUGCCUUUAAUGCAUAUGGUCAUUCUGCCAUCUAGCCUGGUGUGGUUUCCUUUGGUGGCAGCUGUCUGGGGUACAGACCACUCUGAGAACCAUUUCAUUGGAGGUGAUGCCAAGAGUUAACGCAUGUGCAUGCAAACCAUAUGUUCUAAGUCUGAGCAGUGACCCCUCCCCUAUGCCACAUACCAAAGUAAAUAUUAGAAAAUGAAGGGACUUCUGAAAGCCGUUUAUGAUGCAGCAUGGGAGUCUCCUUUUAAAAGUUUUGAUUUGCUUAAACCUUUUGGGAAUGUUCACUCCUUUCUGCAUACAAUUAUUAGCUUUUUGGAUCCCAGCCUUUGUAGUGGCAUGCAUCGUGCAGGGACCAGUGCCUAAAUGAAGUCAUGUUGGUUCCUAAGGCUUUGAUUUUGGUCCCUGAAUAUUAGAACUCCUCCAUCCUUGCAUAUUACUCAUUAAGAAGAUGUGUAUCUUGCCCCAUCCACUCGGCUGUCAUGGUGACUUACAUGAUGGGCUUUUGUUUAAACAUUACAAAAUUAAUGUAUAUGUUUCUUGUAAGUCACAGGAGCUUAGAUGGGAUUCAGUAUGAUGCUAUGCAUAUGUCUGUUUCAGCAUCUGUUGGAGCUUGCAAGGAAAGGUGGUCCAGAUCUGGCCCUGAAGAGGAAAUACUCAGCAGCUGCUUGUGCUGCUGAGGAACGGGACCGGCGAACACAUCGACGGUUCCUGAAAAUCCUCAGGGAAGUGAAAGAGGAAUGUGGAGAUACCACCUUAUCCUCAGAUGAAGAAGGUAAUGGCAGGGUAUUCUUUAGAAUAAACAAAAGCUUCUUAAGUGAAGAGUGGAUGGAGAAGUCCUUAAUGCUGUAUCAGCUAAAAACCUGAACAUGGAAAUCAGUGAUGAUAUACACUUGCCUAUAUACCAGUUGAUGGGAACCAUGGGAGGGGAGAGUGCUCAUGUUCUGCUUGCUGGUUUCCCACAGGAAUCUUGUUGGCCACUGUGAGAACAGGAUGCCGGACUAGAUGGGCCAUUGGCUUGAUCCAAGAGACUGUUACUAUGUCCUUAACAGUGGGUUUAUAGGGACAUGUGUCCCUAUAAAAAUGGUGCAAUGUCAUGGAUAUUUUUAUUUGUACCAUAUACUGUAGCAUGACUUUAAUGGAAGAUGGGUUAUAAAUGCUAGGCUGAAUGUACAUUUGCUGAUACAGGGAAAACUUCAUGCUCUAAGCAUAUUCAUGUUUAAGAUUAGGCUAAUAGUACUUUUUAACAUCUGUAGGACUAAUGUCCUUCUAAGUAUGUGUGUAUCUUCUGGGUGAGCUUUUCUAUCAAUGUAGUCCUCCUCUUGAUUUCCCUCUGGUGCCCUCUUCUUAAACCCUGUUCUGCUUGAGAAGUGAGCAGAUCUUAUUUCCAGUUUGCCUUUCUCAACAUUUUUACUAUCCUUCAACUAAAAUUAUGCUCACAGAGCUCUUUAUUUUGGGUGCUUUCUAAUAAACCUAAAUAUUUUUCUCAGUCAGAUUAACAUACUAAAACAUCAUGGCUGGCUUUAUAAGUUUUAGAGCUACAAUUAGGAAAAUAUUCUGAUUAACAGUACUUCCCCUUUCAAAAGAGCCAUACUUUUUCAACUCAGUUGAUUGAAAAAGCAAAAUUACUAAAUAACUUGGAUGUAUGAGUGCAUCUGCUGCCUAGAAAAAUGAGUCUUGUGCUGCUACUAUCCCUGUAGAAACCUCACUAUUGUGUUGCAUUUCAGAUCUGAGCUCCUGGAUUCCAAAUUCUCCAGCCCAUUGCCCAAGCCCCACUGUUCCUCUCAGAGUAAUCCCCACAUUAUCAACCCAAGACAUGAAAACAGCAGGUAAGCUCAAGUGGUAUCUCAGUCUGACUUACCUUGAAAACUUUAUACAUUAAAAAGAUGUUUUCUCACAGGAUUUUCCUUCUUAGUUUUAGAAUUUAGAGACCACCUCCUUCCAAUUUUUAAAGACUGUUAAAGGCCAUUUUCUUUUCCUCCUAUGUUGGGCGUUAUUGCUCUCAAUCCAUGACCCAACCGAGUUUUCCAGCCAGGUUUAUUGCUUGUUAGCCAGUCAGGCCAUUCACAUACACAAACAAUAUAGAGAGCAACAAAAGAGGUACAUAUAAAAUACAUUAAACAAUACUACAAUACAAUUAAAAUUGUACUGUUAUAACUGAGUGACAUGUAUUAACAUAUAUUGCCAACAAUAAACAAAUGUAUUGGCAUUUUUCAUGUAGUAGCUGCCCUAUAUUAAUGCACAUUGACAUACUUUUUUUUUUGAAGUGUCAAGGCUCGUUUUGUAUCUUCUUAAUUAACCAUUCAUCUGCAUUAUGCCACCAAGUGAAAAUGUCUUUGUUUUUCUAAAUAAAAUGUAUUUUAAAUUAGAUUUAUGGCAGUCUAAUGGAGAUGCUGAUUUAUAAAGGCUUUUUGCUUUGAAAGAAAAAGUAUAAGAUCCUGUUUCCCCCCUCGAUCUUAUAGUAGAAGAUUUCGCAAGCCAUAGGCUGUAGCUGAUGGGUAUUUAUAGUCAAUUGAGAAAAAUUGGUUGUAAGCACCUAAAGCUUGUUGGAAGCAUUUCAGUUAAAUGUGUUAUGUAAAUAGAUUUACAGCAAACUUUUGAUAGUAUUGACUUUGUUUCCCCCUAGAUAAACUGGAGUUUGGUGAGAAUGACCUGAAGAUGAUACUGAAAAAACAUCAUGAAAAACGCAAGCGCCAACCUGUAAGGAAACCAUAAGGAGGCCACUACUACUUAGUACUCUUUUGCUAGUGCCUCUUUCUGCAGCAAAGGACCUAGAAAAUAAGGCCCCCCUCCUUCCUUGCUAGCAGUCCUAUCCUAAAGCAUGUUUACUUGGAAGUACAUUCCGCUGUAUGUAGUGGGGUUUACUUCCAGGUGAUGUGCAUUUGAUCACAGCAUGAAUAUGUCAUGAGAAGCAGAUUUUCAGUUUUAAAAAACAAAGUCCAGGGAGCUUGAGAGAAAAUUUAAUCCUCUUUUCCCUGCAGCCACAGUAAUAUUUGCAAGCUGAUCUUACACUGCAGACUCAGUACAGUAUGGGAGCAAAAGUAUUCCGUUGAGAUUUCAGUUGCUUUUCAUUUGUAGGUUAAGUUGGGGUGUUCAGGUGGAAGAGGUUGUAGUGGCAAGUUGGGAAUCCAGCCUAUAUCCUGGACAGGGCUUGGGAUACUUGAGACAAUUUGGAACCUGCUGGAAUGAUGUACCUUAGCUGCAUGACGGUGUAAUUUGGUUUUUAUUCUGCCUUACAGAAAGCAAGACUGAAAGUUUAAACAAGGGGUGGGGAACCUGUGGCACACCAGUUGUUGGAAUCCAGUUCCCAUCAGCCCCAACCGAUAUGGCCAGUGGUCAAGGAAGAUUAAGGAGUUGUAAUUCAACAACAUCUGGGGGGCCAAAGUUUCCCCAUCCCUGGUUUAAAUGAGAUGUCACACAAGCCUAAGCAUGUUUACUUAGAAAUAAGUUUCAUUGACUUAAAUGAGGCUUACUCCCACUGAAGAGAGUUCGGGAUUAUAGCCCAAAGACACUUGGUGUUGUGAUUUCUGAGUACAGGGGAAUCCCUGCUUAUGUUUGGGUUCCAUUCUGGAUCGCUGUGCACAUCAGUGGGAUGCGUGCAGGUCCAUUCUGGCCCACCGUGACCCCUUUCAACACCAAAAACAAUGCACGUGUCAGUGGUCGCACACAAGUGGGGAGGUGCUGGUGUUCAAUUUUGCUUGAACUGUAAUUUUAAGUGGAGAUUUUCUCUAGGUAUAUCUGAUAUAAAUAAUAAUUUUUAUUGGCAAACAACAGGAAAAGCAAUGUAUGAUAGUUCAGUCUCAACAGGUGUCUUUCAUUCUCCAGUUUUGCUUUAUGGUUGCCGUUCUCCUUGUUGAAUGUCUCUUUGUCCCGUAUAGAGCCAUCCUGACCUCAUGACUGGGGAUCUGACUCUGAAUGAUAUCAUGACACGUGUGAAUGCUGGUAGGAAGGGAUCCUUGGCAGGUAUGUGAAUCAAGUUCAAGGCUGCUACAUGACUGCAUUUUUACUAUUUUCUUUAGCUGGAGUUGUUAGCAGAUGAACAUCUGUCACUGUAUCUUUCAGGUUUUACUACCAAUGGGAACUAAAACUAUAAGCAAAUGUGGUAAGAUUUGCAGUGUCACUUGGUGAUAAUGCUUUCCAUGUUGGGGAUGCCCUUUGCUUUUAAGCAACCAUUUCUCAGACAAAAUAAAUUUGGUUGAAAUAUUAUUCCUGCAUUGCAGGGGGUUGAACUAGAUGACCCUUGGGGUCCCUUUUUUUGAGCUCUCCAUAUCUCAUUUUUGUUUCAAAAGGAGGCUUGCUUGCACAUCUCUUGAAAAUGUGUCUAGGAAUCAAAACGCUAUGUUUGUAUUUAUGUAAAUGCAAAGAACUUUGGGUUGGCUUGAUCAUAUUUGCUCUUUUGGUUAAUUAUACUUGCCUGCCACAUCCUACAACUGGGUUCUAUUUCAUUUCAAUUCAUGCAAGAAAUACUCUGAUUCUAAACGAUAUUGGUUGUGAUUCAUAGAGGUAUAUGUUUUUAAAACCAUGUGCCUAGUUUGCUUUUUAGCUAUUUCCUGUAAUGUGACCAAACAAUUUCUGAAUUCCUUCAGCAGCAGCUCUUGAAACAGUGUCAGCAGCUGUAACUGUCGUAAAAUGGGGUAUUACAUCUUUUGCACUGAGAGCUUUUUGUUACUCUGACAUGGCGGAAGAGGCGGUCACACUUGCACUUCUGCAUUCUUCCAUAAGCUAAAGUCUGGGCAGCUGUACCUCUUGGCUGAUAUUUGACACCCUGCUUAAUUUGUAAUGUACAACUUACAAAUUCUUCCUCUCUUUUUAAACUGAAGCUUUGUUUGACCUUGCUGUCCUUAAAAAGAAAGUGAAGGAAAAGGAAGAGAAGAAGAAGAAGAAGCUAAAAGUGAUUAAAUCAGAAGCAGAGGAUUUCUCUGAGUCCCUUGGCAACACUGAAGGGAUGCCUUCAAUGUCUCAAAAUCCAUCCCCCAUCCCACCUAUCUGGGAUCCCCCAUCUCUCUCAUCUGUUAAAGAAGAGUAAGUUCCUUCCAGAAGAGAAUGCACACAAUGAAUGUGGUCCACGAAUUACAUAAUGAGGCAUAUUUACAACAAAGCCAGUUCUAGUCACACUGGAACGAAUCAAAAUAGAAAAGUUCAGCACAAUGAAGCUUUUUUGUCCUGGUAGAAGUGAUGCAGCAUAGUUCAUACAGCCCAUAUAAAUUGCAUGUAUGAAUAAGGUGUCUGUCUAUAUUCUGUGUUGCAUAGUGGUUGAAAAUAAAAUGCAUGGUGUGCAGUAAUGCAGCAGUGUAAUUUAAAGUCAGCCUGCAGGGCACACUGGCACAUGAAAGAUGGUAGGAGGAGAGAGUGUAAUUUGAAAAUACAGUGGUACCUCUGGAUACGAACGGGAUCUGUUCCAGAGCCCCGUUCGCAUCCAGAAGCGAACGCAAUCUGUGCGUGCGUGGGUCGCGAUUCGCCGCUUCUGCGAAUGCGUGUGACGUUAUUUUGACCGUCUGUGCAUGCGCGAGUGGCGAAACCCGGAAGAAACGUGUUCCGUUACUUCCGGGUCGCCACGGAACACAACCCGAAAACACUCAACCUGAAGCACAUUUAACCCGAGGUAUGACUGUAUACAUGUAAAUAGAUUCCAGGUGAGGAAUAAUGAUGUUGUACAUUCCUCUUGUCAAAAAGUUGAAGAUCCAUCAGCAAUUAAUGCCUUUUUGUUGCCUUCUGGUGGUAAGACAGAGUCAUAACUUGCCUAAGCUGUAAAUACAUUAGAUAACCUUAAGCUAAUCAACUCCAUAUUGGCUUUAAACCUCCCUUUUAAAAAAUUGUUUCAUGAAAAUAGGUCAGUAUUACUAUCUCUUACAGCAGGUGUUGGGGAACCUGUGGGCCUCCAAAUGUUGUUGGACUCCAACUCCCAUCAGCUCCAGCCACCAUGGCCAGUGGUCAGGGAUGAUGGGAGUUCAGCAACAUCUGGAGGCAGGCCACAGGUUUCUCACUCUUGUCUUACUGGUUUGUUUGUAAGAUUGCUGAAAUAUUGUACAUGAAAGUACUUUGAAUACAAAGAAAGAAGCAGGUAGAUAUGCUAAGCCUCCUCAUUCUCAAAAUUCAGUUAAACCAAUUCAGUUAAAGCCAAUUCAUCUUCUAUCAAAGGCCUCUUGAAGAUAUCAAGCCGUGUCUUGGAGUAAAUGAAAUAUCCUUCAGCUUCUUUUCUCUGCUUCUGGAGAUUCUGCUUCUAGAAGGCCCUGCUAGUCUCUCAGUGGUAAGAGUUUUUCCUGGACAUCUUUCUUGAGUUGGGAGUUGGAUGGAUUAGGAUGUAACCCUAUUUAUACACUUAAGUGGGAGUAAAUCCCAUCAAAUUCAGUGGGCCUUACUUCUAGGUUGACACGUUUAGCCUAAGAGCAUUUAGAUUGGUGCCUAUUCAUUUGUUAAAACAAUCUUUUGUUUCUUUUUUGUAUUUGUUGUCCUUCCUUUUGUCCCCACCAAGAGAUCCUUCCAAAACUAUGGUUUUCAAGCAUCAUUAGAUAGUUCAUUUCUGUGGAUUUGCAGUCUUUUUGAUUCCAUCUGCUGUGCUUUGAUUUGGAAGUGCUUUAUUUAUAUUUAUUGAUUAAAGUAUUUCUGUCUCAGUUGUGAUUUCCAAGAUGGUUUGGGAUUUCACUAUUCUCAUUAUCACCAUCCCUCCCUUCUUCUGCUCAGCUUGAGGAUAAAGUCAUGGAUUGGCAGUCUUCCCCUGCCAGCACAUUAAACAGUUGGUUCUCCUUCGCCCCCAACUGGUCAGAACUCGUUUUGCCUGCACUGCAGUAUCUCACAGGUGACAGCAGAGGUAAGUCCCACUUUUUUUCAGGGUUUUUUCUUCUUGAGCUGUGCCAAGAAUGAAGUAAGUUGGCUAUCUGUCAUGGCCUCUGAACAGCUAUUGCUUAUAAAAUUGCAUUGUGUCAUAGAUGGCUUAGAUCCAGCCCUUUCUUCCUGUUCUCCUUAUUUAUGAUGGUAGCCACUUGAUGUGAAAUGAUAAUUUUUUGUAGAAGGGAUACAUUUCUUGAUAUCCAAAUUGUUAUCUUCCAAAUUUGUUCCCUUUAACCUUGAUGCAACAUCUGAUUCUGUUCCUGAAAAACUUAAUUCAAAACCACUUAGUAAACAAAGAUAGCCAGCAACCUGUUGAAUCCAGUGAAGUAAUUGCUUGAAUGGAAUGAGUUCUGCUUGCACAACAGAAUUCCUUCCCACCACCAGCUCCAAAUGGUAUGGGGAGCCCUCAGAACAGAUUGUGUGGGUGCAUGGGGGAAGGAGAGGGGGAAGUUCCAUUGCACAAGUGAAAGCUGUUCCACUUGCACAGUGACUACAUUGAUUGCAGCCCCACAUCUUCUGUUCUGUCAUGGCAAGGUGGCUCUUGGAAACGAUAGGUUGGGUUCAGAUAUGCCCAGCCACUUCUGUACAUGGAAGGGCUAUUUCCAUCUUAGCAAAACAGCAUCGCAUAAGAAAAGUGAACUGAAAUCCAGAGGUGAUGAUUUCAUUCAAACCCUUGUACAAAGCUUUGCACAAGAGCAGUUGCUCUCCCAUGCCCUGACUGCUUCUGCAGAGGGGAAUACAGACACCUCAUGGAUGUAUGUGACAGAGCUCUAGGUACCUAGCUGCACAGAGCCUUCUGGUGGUGUUUAUCACAGCACUAAUGAACAAACUGAUUCCACUAAAACUGUCUCAUACUUUAGAAUAAGGUGUACCAAUAGCCAACAGUUGACUAUCCCAUUCUACAGGAGAAAACUAGAGACAAAGGGUAUCCCAGUAAUGUCUAAACAUAUGAAGCAUUACGGUAUCUUUUAUUACAGAUGCUCCUUCCAGUUUUUCUCCAUUUGUUGAAUUCAAAGAGAAAACUCAGCAGUGGAAACUGAUAGGUAAAGUAACUUUGCUUCUCUGUCCCCUCCUGUUAAUAAGUCUUGCCUGCUGUUCUCUUGAGGCAUUUAGCUUCCAUUUGGAGCUGGAGUGGCUGAACAUCUUCUGCUUCAUCCUCUAUUACUACCUUUAUAGCUAUAUAGUCCUAUGUGUAUAGUAGACUUUUGACUAUGUAGAAUCACUGUGUGUGUGUCUGUUUAAAAAAACUUAUCUUGCAUGGAUCUUGCAUUAUGUUGCCAUCCAGUUGUCUACUAAGAGGCAAAUAAAUGUUGCUUUCCCUAUUUUUUCACCUCCUUCUCGGUCACGGCCAGGGCUUUAAAUCAGCUUCAAGGACUGGGAGACUUCUUUGAGAUGUAUCAGUGCAAUCCCAAUUCCAAUUGUAUGACAAGCAAGAGCGAAGACACACUUGCUGACCACUCCACUGUGCUCCUGGCUGCCUCAGUGCACUGGAGUUGAAUGUCUGUGCUGGGAUAUCAGUUCUACUGGUGGAGGCUCCCUGUGCAGUUUAGGACUCUGUGCAGUACAGGGGUCUUCCAGGAGUCAAAAAACUCUGUGCUGCAGACAUUCAGCCCUCCAAUAAGUGGAAGGCAACUGGGAUGCAGCACAGCAUGUGAGUCAGCAACUGUAGUCACACUAUGCCCACCUGUCACAAUUGGGACAUUGCAAGGGGGAAUGCAUUGAAAGGCCUUUGCUUAAUGUCCUUUUGCAUAAAGGCCUUGGCUAAGAUGAGUGCACCCAACGUCAUCUUUAGUACCACUACUGUAGCGCAGAUAUCAGCAGUUGGUAACAACUCUCCUUUCCUCUUUUUCGGUUCUCACCUUAGGCUCUUCACAAGACCACGAGAAGGAGCUGGCAGCACUCUUCCAGCUCUGGCUGGAGACAAAAGACCAAAUCUUCUUCAAGGUGAGAGAGGAUAUUUGUAGGAAUGUGGCAGCAUCCCAGCUGGCUUGUCCAAUGUGCUGACAAAAAUCUUUCUUUCAUUGGUAGGACAACGAAGACAGCUCAGAUGCCACCACACCUAAUCCCCGAGUGUAAGUAUAUAUUCAGUUCAGAAAUCUGCUCAAGUGUUAGUUAGGGUUACACUUAUUUUUCCUAUUUUGAAUUUUAUUACAAAGAUUAUUAUAUCAGUUAAUGUGAAACAAACAAGUUGUCUAAAAAGAAAGCUCAACAUUAACUGUUUCUCAAAUGUGUGAAUUACAUUGUUCUGAAGUGUGGUUCGUUUUUCCAGUCAAUAAAUAUUGAGAAAUGAGCUGGAUUCUGCUCCUUUCUCUUGCAUCUGUCUUAAUUUAUUUCUUACUGUAAAAUCUUGGCUUGCACUGAUCAUACCAGAGGCAGGAGGAAGUUGGCAGGAAUACUGAGUGUGCAUUGGACAAUUACACUCUUCCCAUAUAUUCUCCCUAUAAUUUCAGUGUUGGGCAGCCUUUUACUUCCAAAUAUUAACUGCUGCAUAGGGUAGCUAGCUGUACUUUGCUUUAAAAAGCUUUCGCCAAAAGAAUUUCAGCAUUUAGCAGCAAAUGAAUGCAUACUUGCCAAGAAGUAUUAACCUCCUACAUUACAUUUUAUCUUGCUUAGGUCUGAAUAACAUGCUGCUCCUUGCAUCAUGACCUUUUGUCUUAUAAUGACAAAAGGUAAAUCCUAGAAAGCUGAUUUGUAAUUUUUUAAGAAGUGCCGCAAAAAUUGUCUAGCAGAACUUGUGAGGUAAUCCAAGUUGCUAGAUUCUUUUUUUCUUCUUCUGUUACUUGGACAGCGCCAACAGUCAAAAGUAUGUACCUUCUGGAUACAAUUUUCCUUCCUCUCCCCUUCUCUCUCACAACCAUCUUUUUAGUUAGUUUGGGGAUCUGACUCUGAAGGGUUCUGAUCAGGUUUGGAGUGAACCAUGUUGGGGAAGGUGGAUGUAUGCACUCCAACCUCAUGCUGUUGUUUGUUUCAGAAGGACUGACUACGUAGUUCGGCCUAGCACUGGGGAAGAGAAACGUGUUUUCCAGGAACAGGUGAGGAUGACGCACAUUUUGUCCCAUGCAUUGCCUAUGCUUUGCCAGGAUUUGAUGGGGAAGUUUUAAUUUAUUAUUUGUUUAUUUAAACAAUUGAUACACUGCUUAACUGCAAUAGUCUCUAAGUAGUUUACAAAGAUACAACAGGGCAGGUGGAAAACAUUUAAACCUAUAAAAUCAUUUAAAAUACCUGCCUUCCAAUUUAUACAUAUUUUGCUUUUCAGCUUAAGUAGUCCAUUUUCUGAGUAAAAUAUUCACCUGCAUCAGUAACAGUCAGAAGAAACAGAAAUUCUUAAUGACAAAUAACUUUAUUUCAUUUCAGUUUCUCUCCUUUUUUCAACCUGUCUUCUUAAAUGUUCAAAAAAAGGAACCAGCACACCAUUUGACAAGAGGGUGCUUAAAAAUUAGCUAGCAGAAAAGCAUAUAAACAUUUAGACAAUCCGAAAAACACACAGAGAUUGUGUUUUAUGUUCUCAUGUACAUUGUUUUGCUUCGUAGCAUUAAGGUCUCAAUACUAAUGUCCCAGUAGUUGCAUUGUAUGUGCUGGCUACGUUACAUCACCUAGCUGAGUCUUGCUCAUUACUGUAGGCUAAGCCUUGAUCUUUGCAGCAAUAAGAGAUUCCACAUGAGCUGUCGGGCUUUAUAACUUCUUAUGCAGACAUUAGAUAAUACUGGCUUGUAACUAGAGAUGUGGAGGCUCGGGUGGGGGGGCAGGAUAAUAAUAAUUGGGCUGAAAGAUAUACACAUUUCUCCUCCAUUUGUCUUUACCAAUAUUAUCAGUAUUAUAUCUCACCAGCAUUAAUAUUUGAAAAUGCAAAACUGAGAAAUGCUCGAAACUAAUGGAUUAAUGCUUAGUAUAAAGAGGUUUGCUGCCUAUAUGCUCCUCAGUAUACAUGACUGAAAUAUAAGCAGUUGCCCUUCCUAAUCUUUGCCUUCCCCUAAGCAUUUGUUAUUAACUCAAUUCACAUUACGUGUUAGCCAUAGAUGCUUAUCUAGAAACCUGCUCUGUUCUUUUGCCCUUCAAUCUCUUGCUCAUCUGAGCACUUCUCUUUCUCUGACAUGUGCAGGAACGUUACAGGUACAGCCAGCCCCACAAGGCCUUCACCUUCCGCAUGCAUGGCUUUGAGUCAGUGGUCGGCCCUGUGAAGGGUGUGUUUGACAAGGAAACUUCUCUGAACAAAGCCCGAGAACAUUCUCUGUUGCGAUCAGACAGGCCUGCAUAUGUCACCAUCUUGUCUCUUGGUAAGUUUACAUUCAUUCAUUCUCUCUCUCUCUCUCUCUCUCUCUCUCUGUGUGUGUGUGUGUGUGUGAGAGAGAGAGAGAGAGAGGGAGAGAUUUCAACACGUUACAGUCUUUUUUAGGUUCGCAGUGACAAUAGAUUGUAAGAAGAGAGGAAACAGCAGUGCAGCGGGGUCACACUUUAAUUGUUCACAAUGAUAAACUGUUAUGUUAGUCACCUUGAGAAUUAGACACUGACGAGGGGGAAAAAUUAUCCUAAAUAAAGGAAGGUCCUAGGUUCAAUUAAUGGUGUUUCCAUUUAAAAGACCCUUGGAAGUAGGACUAGGAAGACUUCCACCCAAGACCUUUGUGGCCACUGCUGGCAAUAGUGACCAAGACAGGUAAUAGCACUCUGUUUCUUGUGAUCCCUGGCAACUGGUAUACAAAGGCCUGUUGCCUCUGAUACUGGAAGUAAUUAAGACAUAGCCACCAUGUUCAGUGGGUGCUAAUCACAAUGACUAUAUAUAUCCCCAGUAUUGGGCAAGAUGCCUCUGACUGCCAGGUGCUUGCAGAAGGAUAUUGUUGCGCUCAUGUGUUGCUUUGUGCUUCUCAUAGGCAUCUGGACACUGAGAACAGAAUGCUAUUGGCCUUUGGUCUGAUCCAGCAGGGCUCUUCUUAUGUUCUGACACUGCAUAGGGCAGCUUCAUGGUUUAGAGAAAAAGAUUGCAGUGAAAAAGCUGAAGAUACGAAGCUCCCUUAUACCAGGUCAGAACAUUUGUCCCUGUAACCUGGUAUUGCCUACUUUGAAUGCCAGUGGCUUCUUGGAGGCCUGUCCCCUCUCCUGCUGCCUUUUUGGAAUGGGAGAUGCCAGGGAUUCAGCCUGGUUGUUCCAUGUAGGAAGCACAGUCCAUGAGGAAUUUCUGUAGCCAGGAUUAACAGGGACCGAGUUACAGCAUAACACAAGAAGGGAACAGAGGGAGGAACAACGUGUGGUGUGGAAUAAGCAUGUCCUUGGAAAGCCUGCAAGUAAGAAAAGUUUGUUAAACUUGCUUAAAAUAGGCAGAAACCUUUCAGUCUGUUUGAGGGAAUGAUUACACACAGUGUGUGUGCCCUCCCAUCAGAUGUCAAGGAGAUAAAGAACUACACAACUUUUAGAAGACCUCUGAAGGCAGCCCUAUAUCAGGAAGUUUUUAAUGUUCGAUGUUUUUAUAUGUACUACAAGCUGCCCAGAGUGGUUGGGGAAAACCAGCCAGAUGGGUGGGGUAUGUAUAAAUAAGUAAGUAAGUAAGUAAGUAAGUAAGUAAGUGGAAGAAUGAGAGAGAGAGGAAGAGAAACAGAAACAGGAGACAUUCUUAUUGUUCUGGUAGAGAGCUAUAUUGCAGGGUUUGGGACUGUAGCCCAAGAUGAAAUGAGAACACUGGCAGAAGAUGAGCAGCAAGGAAGCCCAGAUUUAUUCUUAAAUCCAGCUGCUUUUCUAUGUGAUAAGUAGCCAAUGACCUUGAGGAUUUCUUCAGGGUGUGGGACUGCUAUCCAGAGCUAGUGUUCAAUUGGUAUAAAGCCCUAAGUUAAAGUUAGGAACCCACACAGUGAGUGAAACCUGAAUGGUUCAAGUGUUACUUCAGUCUUUGUGUCAGUUGAGGUCUUCACAAUGCGUUGAUCUUUUUUGCUGUCUCAGUUAGGGAUGCUGCUGCCCGUCUUCCUAAUGGAGAGGGAACUCGUGCUGAGAUUUGUGAGCUGCUUAAAGACUCUCAAUUCCUCGCUCCUGAUGUCACCAGUGCUCAGGUAAACUGGGAGAGCACAGAGGCAUUUUCUUUUCAGCGUUCCUCUCAGAUGAGAAUUUCUCCUAUUGAAUGGAGAAGCACCUUGUGAUUGAUUUUUAAGGUCUACAAUUCCAUAGCUUACGAGAGUGAUAAAGCUGUAGCCCAACUGGUGGCUAACACCCCAGAGGACAGGAUCACACUUCAAAACGACCUUGACAAAUUAGAGAACUGGGCCAAAACAAACAAGAUGAAUUUUAACAGGGAGAAAUGUAAAGUAUUGCACUUGGGCAAAAAAAAUGAGAGGCACAAAUACAAGAUGGGUGACGCCUGGCUUGAGAGCAGUACAUGUGAAAAGGAUCUAGGAGUCUUGGUUGACCACAAACUUGACAUGAGCCAACAGUGUGAUGCAGCAGCUAAAAAAAGCCAAUGCAAUUCUGGGCUGCAUCAAUAGGAGUAUAGCAUCUAGAUCAAGGGAAGUAAUAGUGCCACUGUAUUCUGCUCUGGUCAGACCUCACCUGGAGUACCGUGUCCAGUUCUGGGCACCACAGUUCAAGAAGGACACUGACAAACUGGAACGUGUCCAGAGGAGGGCAACUAAAAUGGUCAAAGGCCUGGAAACGAUGCCUUAUGAGGAAUGGCUAAGGGAGCUGGGCAUGUUUAGCCUGGAGAAGAGGAGGUUAAGGGGUGAUAUGAUAGCCAUGUUCAAAUAUAUAAAAGGAUGUCACCUAGAGGAGGGAGAAAGGUUGUUUUCUGCUGCUCCAGAGAAGCGGACACGGAGCAAUGGAUCCAAACUACAAGAAAGAAGAUUCCACCUAAACAUUAGGAAGAACUUCCUGACAGUAAGAGCUGUUUGACAGUGGAAUUUGCUGCCAAGGAGUGUGGUGGAGUCUCCUUCUUUGGAGGUCUUUAAGCAGAGGCUUGACAACCAUAUGUCAGGAGUGCUCUGAUGGUGUUUCCUGCUUGGCAGGGGGUUGGACUCAAUGGCCCUUGUGGUCUCUUCCAACUCUAUAAUUCUAUGAUUCUAUGAACUUAUGGAGUUGGCAGUGCUUUUUUUUUGUAAUGACACCUGAACACUGAAACAACAGUUUUUGGUAGUGAUGUGUAUAAUACACUUCACCUGCAGGUGCUGUCAUCUUUGUUGUAGAAAUACAGCACUCGAGGAAGCUAUACAUGGUAACGAGUGGAGGUCUGUUUUGAUCUAGAUAGACUGAGAGCUUGAUGUAUGUUUCUCAAGACGAUUUACCAUCUCAGUAUGGGGCUAUUUUAGACAUCCAUUUUGCUUCUAAUUGCCACGCCCCUUUUCUUCUUUCCUGCAUGUGCAAAAUAUAUUUGCUAUGAUGAUUCUGAGCUGAUCAGUUUUGCAUCCUCCAUUUAAUUGUGAAUUCUGUUCUCAGGUUAACACUGUGGUGAGUGGUGCACUGGAUCGAUUGCAUUAUGAGAAGGAUCCCUGUGUGAAAUAUGAUAUUGGACGUAAGCUAUGGAUAUACCUACAUCGAGACAGGAGCGAAGAGGAGUUUGGUGGGUGUUCACUGGAGGGCCUUACAGCAACCAGAUUGCAAUAUAAUGGAUAGAGGUGGCCUUGCCUUAAAUGAGGAAGAAAACUGGUGCUGAAUUUUUAAAAUCCCAUUUCAAAAACUCACACAACAUUCUACAAAUUCAGGAAAGGGUGGGGGUGAGGUGUAGUUCAACUCCCAGUCCUGGAGAAGGAUCCUAUAUCCCCACAUGUGUUACUUGGGCUAACCUGAUUGUGCAAGGGUAUAGGGUGUUGUUCAUGCUUUAGGGCAGUGUUUCCCAACCUUGGGUCUCCAGCUGUUUUUGGACUGCAACUCCCAUCAUCUCUAGCUUGCAGGACCAGUGGUCAGGGAUGAUGGGAGUUGUAGUCUAAAAAAAAACAGCUGGGACCCAAGGUUGGAAAACACGGCUUUAGGGUACCCACAUAUAUACACACACAGAUACAUAUCCAAUUUUAGUAUGUAUUUUCCCCACUAAAGGUGUAUUUAACUAAAAUCCUUGCCAACUAGUAAAAAUGAGAUAUAAACAAGUUUUGUCCUGUUUAUUGUAAAUUUUGCCAUUAUGGAGAUGGAACAUGUAAUUUGCUUCUUGUUCCUGACUGAACAGCAAUCACUUUCUCUUAUUCAUCAUUCAUAUUGAAAGGCAUAAAAGCCUCCUUCAGGAGACACAUUUACAGAAAAUGUCAUAAACAUGCAUUUCAUGCAAGACCUGCCUCUUCCUGGCUGGCAAAUUAUCUAGUUUGGUAUGUUUUCUAUUGAUUACAGAGUAGGAAUUCUUGGAAGAAGAAGUGUACUUCAAGGAAAAAGAGAAGCUGGCUACGUAGGUGGGCAGUUAGCAUCUGUUUGAGAACCCUUCUUUAUUCUUCCUUGCAGAGCUGAUUCAUCAGGCUCAGGCGGCUGCAGCUAAAGCUAGAAAAGCCCUUCAGCAGAAGUCUAAACCUCCUGCAAAGAUAGUAAGUUGCUCAAUGUAAAUACAUGGGGCACAGAUUUUUAGACUGUCAACUGUUUUGGUUGAAUAGGCUUGCUGCCCAAUCUCAUCUCAAGGGCUUAUUUAAUUAUCACCAAUAGACUCAAGGAGAGCUCUGGUCUAUCCCUAAACAGCCCUCUUCCCACUCGCACAGGGUUGUCUGGGCUUAGUGCAUUUCCACCCCCACCCUGCCCCCAUUGAUGCCCACUAUUUUGUUGCCUUUGCAGAAGUCCAGUAGCAAGGAGAGUUCAGUGAAAGUGGCUACUAGUGCCUCUGAGCCUAGCCAGCUGAGCCUUAGUGAUUCCAGCAUGCCACCAACCCCUGUGACUCCGGUGACACCCACUGCCCCUCCGCUGCCAGCAAUGCCCAUCUCACCACCGCCAGUCUCCGUGGUUAACAAGAGUUUGCCAAACGUUGCAUCAGAGCAAGCUAAACCCAACCAAAGGUAAAUCCUUUCCCUGUCUUUGCAAAAAGCAGGGGUGCAACUGUUGACAGGAUUUGGGUGAUAGAUAUCUCUAGUGAAGAGGGGAAAUAGUUGGAGGUUGCUUUAGGACCAUCUGGAGUUAAGAAAGAAAUUCAGCCUGUCUGCUAUCCGAAUCUUCCACAAGUGAACCUUCCCCCAAGUGGUACAAAAAAGGAAGACUAUAUUAGCAAAACCAUUCAACUUGGAUUACUUGCCUGAGUGGGGCAGGGAAGGUGAAAAUCAUAUAGAUAUUGCAAAUCAGUUGUAAAAAUCUGUUUAUGUAGUCUUGCAAUUAAUUAUCUGUUCAGUGAGCUAUUUAUUGCUUGGUUUCAGCUAAAAUUAUUACCUGUCAAUAACUGUUUUAAAUCCUUGAUUGAUUUUGGUAGCUUAAAGCAAAAUAGUGAAAACUUUGCUGAUUGCUGGCCUGUUCUAGAACAAACUUGUGCUUUUAAGUUAAUCAACUUACUCUUUUCAACUUAUUCACAGCAUCCUUCUGGUGUCAUCUCCCACCAUGCCGCAGCUGGGGACUUUGCUCUCCACGGCACAAAGUACCCAAGCACAAACUGGGCCUCAGCAAACCCCCCCUCCUCGUGUGGCCAGCCACACAUCUUCCUCAGGACUCCCACAGGUUCGAGUGGUUACAACACAGUCCAGCCUCCCACCUGUGUCUCAGCCAGCCCCACCAGUGAUCCAGCAGCAGCAACAGCCCCCACCAGCACCUGUUCCUCAGGUCCAUGCCCCUUCCACUUCUGCACAAACCAAAGCACUGCCUCAGGUGAGGGACAUCUCUGUGGAGUUAGCCAGAAGUAAGGAUUAGCAGUCUUCUUCCCCAGUUGCCAUCUGAAUUAUGUGAAUUAUGGCCUAUGGUCAUCUCUUAAGACACAUCAUACUUUUUGCAAGCAAGUAAAUCCCAUGGGCAGUUUAGAACUGAAGGAAAGCCAUGCAAGUGUACAGAGAGAGCGUGAUUGGAAGAGAGAGCAUUCCUGAAUAAAAUAGGUUUUAAAGGGCAUUUAAAGAGAAGCGUCUGGAAAGAGUAUCCCCAGUAGUUAAUUCUUCAAGGGUGAGGACUGUUGUCUCAGGAUUUCUAAUAAUGUUAGGGCAUCAUGAAACUGAAUAGAAGGGUGUUGCACCGAAUAGGCAAAAAGACAACCACCUUGACGACAUCUACUUUUUCUUGUCCCUAGGUUGUCAACACUGUCACGGUGAAAGCUCAGACCAGCCCAGUCCAGGUGCAAAGGCCAACAGUUUCUGUCACAGGACCAGUCAGUGUUGCUGGGACAGGGAUCUCAGCAGCCCUCAGCCCUGCACCAAAGCCAGUGACCAGUUCUCCAGGCAGCUCUGCCCCCAACUCCUCCUCUGUGUCUCUGUCAUCCUCCUCCUCCUCCUCAACUUCUUCCUCUUCAUCCACCACAGUCCUCCAGAACGUAGCUGGCCAAAAUAUCAUCAAACAGGUGAGGAGCUGUACCAUACUGAGAAAUGGUUUUGGAGUAUAAAAGCCAGCCUAUGCUGAGCAGAUUUGAGUCCAGUGAGUUCAGUGUUCUGACUCCAGCUGUGGCCAGCCAGAUGCCCUUGAGAAGCUGACAAGCUGAGCACGAUGACUUUAAGCUUAUAAAAAACCAACGGGUCCCUGCCCAAAAUGCUAUGGCUGGCAAAAUAUACAUGGGCAUGUGAGCACCUGCUGAAAACCUUGCCCUUUCCUAGUAGCUUAGUUCGGCAUGCCUUGUCUCUCUUUAAUGGAGCUUGGCAUUCAUCCAUGCACCCAGUGCUGUAUAGCAUUCUGCCUCGGAAAUGUGCAAGAGAGAUAUUCAGCACAAUCCAUUUUUCCUUACAGGUGGCUAUUACUGGACAGCUAGGAAUGAAAAGCCAGCCUGGGAGCAGCAUCCCACUUACCGCCUCCAACUUCCGCAUCCAAGGCAAGGACGUUCUGCGCCUGCCUCCCUCCUCGAUCACCACUGAUGCAAAGGGACAGACAGUUCUCCGCAUUACUCCUGACAUGAUGGCCACCUUGGCCAAGUCCCAAGUCACCACUGUCAAACUGACGCAAGACCUCUUCACUGCUGCAGCCACUGGCAACACUUCUGCCGGCAAGGGCAUCUCGGCCACUCUGCGUGUGACUUCCAGCCCCAUCCAGUCUUCCGACUCUCCCGCCAAGACCAGCACGCCCACCUCUGCCUCACCGGGCCCAGCUGGGCCCACAGUGGUCAAAGUUACUCCUGACUUGAAGACUGUGGAGUCCACUGGCUCUGCGUUCCGGCUGAUGCCUGCACUGGGCAUGACUGUGGCAGACCAGAAGGGCAAGGCCAUCACUACGGUGGCAUCCACUGAAGCCAAGCCAGCUGCCACGAUAAGGAUUGUGCAGGGGAUGGGGGUGAUGCCACCAAAAGCUGGGCAGACCAUUACAGUGGCCACUCAUGCCAAGCAGAUGACAGCUGCCUCGUCUGUGAGCGUCCCUGGCACAGUCCACACCUCUGCUGUUUCUCUGCCAACCAUGACUGCUUCUGUGUCCAAGGCGGUUGCUGUUGUGUCAGGGGGGGCAGGGACGCCUAUAACAAUAGGAACAGGGACUACGACUAUGCGACAGGUUCCAGUGAGCACCACAGUUGUCUCCACCUCCCAGGCAGUAAGUCAUUCCUGCAGGGGAUAGAUAACCCUUUGGGUCCUUUCCAACACUACAAUUCUAUGAUUCAUGUUGUUUUUUGGUAGGAUAAGCUUGAUUGACAAGCAUCCAUUUCUAAGUGGGGAUGCCACCUUGUCUGUCUUAAGUAGGCUCUGACUUAUGGAAGAGCAUUGAAUGCCAUUAGCAACAACUGUGUAUGUGUUUUGGGAAUCCCUCAGCAUCCUGAAAACUUUAAUUUGGGGGAGGGCCUUUCCCCCCGUUCUUGGUAACUGUGUGGCAGAGAGGUGGUUGCUGAACCUCUAUAAUUUCUGUGUCUGAUGCUUCUUUUCCCAGGGGAAGCUGCCUGCCCGUAUCACAGUGCCCCUCUCCGUCAUAAGCCAGCCUGUGAAAGGCAAGAGUGUAAUGACGACCCCCAUUAUCAAAGGCAACCUUGGGGCCAAGUGAGUAACAUAGGAGGAUUACUAUUCCAGAUCACAAUUAUAUUAAUGGAAGGCCUAGCCAAAAGGACUUGAAAGCACUCAAAUUUGAAAAUUUCCUCUUAGUCACAGAAAAUGAGUCAAACAAAUUCUGCCUGUAGGAAGUGCUAAUGGACAUUACUGAGUCGUGCUUCCCAAAUCCAACUAGUGUCCGAUGAGUUUACCAGUGUUGGUGGUGGUUUCGAUUUGGAUACCUCACAUACCCACCUUCUGGGAUUGCCAACUUUUCAGCCUGCCCUUUUAGCUGUGGCUUUGACAGUUGCUUGGUUUACAGAUGUUGGCAGGUGGGAGUGUUUCGUUUAUAAGCAUGGAAAAUCUGUCCCUGCUGGUUUUUUACACAAAUUCAAGCCGCCCUUUUAAAAGCUCAAAGGAAGGCUUGGUUGUUUUUCCUACUCAUUAGGCAGUUCGCCUCUAAAGCAGCAUGGAAUUGUGCAGAUAUUCUGCAGCCACCCCUUGGAAGGGGAAGGGUAAAAAGUGCAGCUGGUGGUUAAUCCUGAGCACAGGAUUGCGUUUAGACACAUUCUUGUAGCAUAUUCAGAGCCUGAGGGUGGUUCUGACCAGUACUGAAAGGCCAAUGUGGUACAAACACACUUUCUAAGUUCUGCUAUUAUGCAAGAGGCACCUCAGCAAGAUCCAGCCCCACUGUGUCACCACUAACUUCUUAAUGGGUUUCUUCCAAUAGUAUCAGCGGACUGGGUAGAAACAUCAUUCUCACCACCAUGCCAGCUGGGACGAAACUGAUUGCUGGGAACAAGCCAGUGAGCUUCCUGACCGCACAGCAGCUACAACAGCUGCAGCAACAAGGCCAGGCCACACAGGUAAGGCCUGUAUCUCAUUUCCCCCUUAUCUCUGUUGCAUCAGGACUUUGCCUUGACAUGGCACCGUCCCAACAUCAUUGUACCACACAAAUGUUCUGAUUAUUUUUCAUUUUUGAAAUUCAAGUAAGCAGCUGAAAUUUGGUGUGGGGUGUGUGUGGGUCCUACGAAUACACUUGCUGAAACAUUGGAACUGGUAACUUGAAGACAAGGGCAAGAUGGGAGUGGAGGGCUUUGCUUGAUUACAGUUCAGUUCCCAGUAUUAUUUAUGUUUCUGCAACGUGGCAGAGGCUGAACUGAAUGAUUAAAUGUAUUUUCUUUCCUUCUGCAUACCGUUUUGCACAGGUGCGAAUUCAGACACUCCCAGCCUCCCAUCUCCAGCAGGGAACAGUGUCUGGCUCUACAAAAGCAGUCUCCACUGUUGUCGUGACAGCAGCGCCAUCUCCAAAACAGCCACCAGAUCAGUAAAUUCAACGGCAAGCUGUAAUUUUGCAAGAGUUACUCCAGCCCUCUUAUUCUUUUUCCACCCAACUAGGGCUUGCUAGAGUCAGACUCUACUUACCCACAGGUUGGUUCCUGAUAUUUUGGAAGCACUUGUGGGAAAUGCCCGUCGUUUGGUUUCUGUUAGAAUAAGCAGAACCCCUAACACAAGCCUCCUGGAGUGCUGCAUUUUAAUAACCUUAACACCUUCAUGUUAAGUUGCUGGACCCAGCCAUCCGCUCAGAAAGGCUGGUCUCUUUUUAAUUUUCAACCUAACAGAAUGUAAGUUUCAAAGAAACCUGCUGAAUUAAGGCAAGAAGGUCUUAGAAGAAAUGGACAAGUUAUAUUGCGCCGGACUUCAGUUUUAUCAUUUCCAGGGUGGUUCUUAUGGACGUUCUGAUGCUGGAUUUUUAAUAUUUGGUGCCUAAGCUUUCACCUGUUUAUUUGAUAAUUUCAUUCAGUUUUUUAAAAAAAACUAAGAGUUUCUUGGCAACUGUCCUUCCCUCUCUGUGCAUAAACUUCACCUAUACUGCUUUAUCCUCAUCAAAGCAUUUAUAUAAGCAUUUAUAUAAGGUGGUAUAAAAUUGACCUUAUGUGAAAUGCUCACCAUUAUGUGAGAAACUCGAAGAAGGCCUAGAGAGAAAGAGAAGAGGAUAUUCUAAACUGGUUGUGAAAAAGAGCCAAAAGCAAACCCCUCCCCAGGAGAAGCUUAACACCUUGGACUUUGUGUGACGGGGUAGUCACCUUUUGGAAUGAAAAGCUAAAGAAAGCUUGACACCGUGUACCAAGCUCUCUUCAUAUAAAUUCAUUUUACUGAUGUUGAUUAUCACUAUUGUCUUUUCUAUUGUUAACUGAAUCUCUUAUCAAAAUGCAUUUUAUCUAGUUAGGAACAUUUACACACUAAUGGGGUAAAAUUAUUGCCCAACACACCCACACAUAUGCACAUACUUUUUAUAUGCUAUCUCUGCAGCAUUGGAAUAAUAAACAGAUUGUCAGUUUCAGUUUUUCCCUUUUUAAAAGUGAGCAAAUUGUGCUUAUUAGAACAAAGUAGAGGCAAGAUUCCAGGGCUGCUAUUCAUGCACAAAACAUGAGACAACAGGGGCAAAAUACAGAAUAAUAUUAAAGGAGAUUAAACCCGUUAUUUGGUAAGGCCUUUCAGUUGUUGAGGUAGCUACUCUUGGGUGUCCACCCGCCCCCCCAGAUAAAUUUGACAAACACCUGCCAUUUAUCAUUUUUAAGGCCAGCUAAGUUUAUAGCCCUCUUGAUUAACAGCAUCUGCUACAUUCAGAAUCAAAGAAGGAGAGACUGUGCCGUCUGCUGCUCACAUGCUGUGACUUACCAUUUCCUCCUCCUAUUUUACGAAAAAGCAGUGUAACGAUAGAAUGCUGUAAGUUACUUUAUUCAGUUUCCAGGAUUGCAAAGUACAGAUUGUCUGUUGUCUAGUUCAGGAGUGUUCUGUCUUGAAGUAACAUGGCACAGCUACUUUGGGACUUGACAGAGGGAAGUUUUGGCCAGUAGAAGCUGAAAUUGUGUAUGUUUGAAUUGACCCUGAUUUCCUGGUUAACUAAUUAAAUGAUAUUUUUCACUGGAACCUGACUGGGCAUUUAACUUGGCCUAUCCCUUCCAGUCCAACUGCCUAAAGCAAAAGUGGACAAACUUAGUCCUUUCCUCUGUGGUUUUUUGCUGUCUUUUUAAACCCACAUUUACUUGUCAGGUGCAUUUAUACCCCUGCCUUUCCACUGUUCUUAAGUGCUGUAGGUAACUUAAAAAAAUAAUAAUCAAACAGAGAACAGUUGGCAGGUAAAAUUAGAAGUGGAUUAGAAGUGCAGUAAAACUCCCAUCAGCCCAAUGAGGUAAAUGCUUCUUGGGAUGAAAACCGUCUUCCAGCAGGUGGCAGAAAACUAAAAGAGAAAGUGUCAACUCUGUACCUCCCAAGAGGCAGGGUUCCAGGCGUAAUCUAGGAGUUGCCAAGGAGCAGGCCUUCUCCCACUUUCCAGCUGCUCACCUUCAGGAUGUGAAGAAGAGCCUCUCCUGCAAAUCUGAGGAAGUGGGCAGGGGACAGUCCUCCAGAUAUCCUGGACCUAAGCCCUGUAGGGCUGCAAAGGUAAAUCUCUAGCACCUUGAUGGAAAUGGACUGGAAGUUCAUGCAGCGGAUGUAGAAAGGGAGCGCUGCUACCAAGGAUAAGCACCUGCCCAAAGCCCAGCUGCUGCAGUCUGGACCAAUAGAAUGUUCCUAGAGACUCAUUGAAGUGCAGAGGACUUGGUAGUCUAGUCCAGAACAUUGAUUACUGGAAAACUGCUUUUGUGAAUAAACGGUAACUAUUGUUUGGAGGGCACUGAUGGAGAGAAGUUUUGAGUUUUUCCCACUUUCAGUGCGGUACUGCAAACUUCUUACUUUACAUACGCUGAAUAAAUAAUAGUGUGGGAA